AUGCAAUUUCUUUCCAAGCAUAAUGAACAAGUUAGGAAGGUUGUAUUUGAGAAUGCUCCCAAGAAUCUUAAGUAUACUUCUUCCGAUAUUCAAAAAGAUCUUGUUCGUGCUUGUGCCAUUGAUACUAUAGAUGCAAUCUUUAAAGAUAUGGAAGGAGAAGCAAUUGAAAAGUUUUUGGGUGUUCAACAUGUUUCCUCUACAACUAGUAGCUCGCUUGAAGAGGCCAUUGAGAGAUUGUUAGCUACAACAAAUUUGAGUAUGUCCAAGUUACAAGAACAAGGCUAUGAUGGAGCUAGUAAUAUGAGAGCUCUUGUAUUUGUGGCAAAGGAAAAUGAAGAUGUUGCCAAUUUCUUCAUCAAUGCUAGUAGUUUGGUGAAUCUUAUUGGAUUAUCGUAUAAGCGUCGUGAUGCAUUUAGAGAGAAACAACAAGAACAAAUUCAGAAAGCUCUUGAUCUUGGUAAUCUUGAAACCGCCGUGGUGGAGGUGGUUGAGUGGAUAAAAAGUCAUUGCAACCAAGAUAAUCUCGGUAAAGCAACUAGGUUAUUCAAAGACAUACAAACUUUUGAUUUUACAUUUCACCUUUUCUUGAUGACACUUAUAUUGGGAAUUACAAAUGAGUUAUCACAAGCAUUGCAAAAGAAAGAUCAAGAUAUUGUGAAUGUGAUGACGUUAAUGGAGUAUGCAAGCAAAGACUACAAUCUUUGA